AUGCGCGGGAUUGCCAUGUAUGCGUCGAACGUUGACGACCCUUAUGUAACCCUGCAUGUUGACAGUGACGAAGAAGAAAAAGAAGAAAUUGAAGUGAAACCAGAGGACAACAUGGCUGUUCUGGCUAAAAUUGAUAGGGAUAACUACAACUUGGAGGUGUAUGUGUACAACGAAACCAGUAACGAUUGGUACUGCCACCAUGAUUACAUUCUAGAAGCUCCACCCUUGUGCCUCGAACCUAUCCAACAUGACCCCGGAAAUGAUGAAACAGGGCGGGGAAAUCUUCUGGCUGUUGGAACCAUGGAACCCAUAAUCAACAUCUGGGAUCUGGAUAUCAUAAACGAGGGAAACCUUCUGGCUGUUGGAACCAUGGAACCCAUAAUCAACAUCUGGGAUCUGGACAUCAUAAACGAGGUCACUCCUGUGGUUUCUUUAGGUGCUAAAGCGAAAAGUCGAAGAAAAAAACGAGAUGGUAGAGAACAAGGACAUUCUGAUGCCGUGUUGAGCAUAGCCUGGAAUAAAAUUACCCCACACGUUCUUGCAAGUGGAGGAGCCGAUAAGCAAAUCGUUUUGUGGGAUUUGGACGAAGCUAAAGCUGCUCAGGCGAUCCCAGAACGAGAUGGAGAGGUGCAAGCUCUAGCGUGGCAUCCUGCUGAGGCAUCUUUCAUGCUAUCUGGAACGUUGGCUGGGACGGUUGAAGUACUGGACUGU